AUGAUCUCCACUGUUUUCUAUGAUAAAGUAUUCUCCACGAUUUAUUGGAUUACUGGGAUUAUUGGUGUACCAAGUAACCUAAUUUUAUUGUUUUUAAUCUUAAAAAAGACACCCGAUUCACUGAAAGUCUAUCGAGUACUGCUAUUCAACGCUUGUAUCACCGAUAUUUUGUUUAGCUUGUCAACUACUUUGGCGCAAGUUAGAAUAAUCCCAAAUCGAUGGUAUUUUGUGUAUAUUCAUUUGGGUGGAUCGAAAUUUCUGGGCCCGAGUUUCGAGUAUGAGAUGUACACCCUGCAGUUGCACUCAAUUUUCUACACAUUUCUCUGUUUCCCACUCUCUUUCGGUUUCCGAUAUUUUGUGUUGAUCCGACCGGUGCCCACUCCGAGAACCCUUGCUUUGCUAUGUUUUUUGUUAUGGAUACCGGCUUUCUUUCAACAUUGGAUGUUCCACUUCUCUCAACUGGACUCCACAUUAGUGAGACAAAAGCUCGCCAUCGCUCGUCCCGAGUAUAAUUUAACCGGUUUGGUCAUAUCAGGCAAUUUUCAUAUGUUAGAGCAUCCACUGGUGACUGUCGUUUUGCUUACAAUCAUCCUCCCAAUGUUCCCAAUCUACCUCCUUGUCAUGUUCUUUUACAAGAAAAUUAAUGGCUUUCUUUCAUCGCAUGCUGAUAAAAUGAGCGCUUCAACAGUGGCUAAUCAUCGAAAAUUGUUGAUUGCUCUAUCAAUCCAAGCCUCACUCCCAGUUCUUUUCGUUUUCCCACCAAUCGGUUUAUAUCUUUUAUAUCAUUUGGAAAUUUUUCGCUGUACCUUAUUGGAGUAUCUCGUUUUCCCAAUUUUUAGUUGCUACCCAGCGGCGGCUCCAUUUAUAACAAUUUAUUAUGUUAGACCUUAUCGGACAGCGAUUAAGAGAGCAAUUGGGAGAAGCUCAACGACGGCCAACGGUGAUCGACGCACACAACAUCACGAUUUUGGCGAACACCACGACGAUACAACACCCCGGACACCCAGACAAAAGAUCGGAAAAUCAAACACUCGUCCCAACACUCCCAUUCACCCGAUUCAAGCCAUCAGACUCACACCGAUUGUGCCCAAAAACGAUUUC